AUGACGCAGCUUUUCGCCUCGAGCCCGUCCAAUGUGACAAACGAAAAACGUGGGAAUUUUUCCGGUCUCUCCAUGGCGUCCAAGAAGCACCCCGGCGAGUCGAGCCAUCUUCCGACCAAGAUAAAGAAUUUCUUUCGCAUCAACAGCUCCGGCGGCAAUUCGUCCCACCAAAGCCAUCACCACAGUGGCGACCGGGAUCGCGACAGUUCGUCCGGCACCGCCAAACUCGAUACCAAGUCGACUUUCAGACAGUCCCGUUUCCUACCCACCAUUGGUCGCAAUCGCUCAACCACCGUCGCGAGUGAAGGCAACCCGCUGGAUGAGGGAGUCUCGCCUACCGCCACGGCCAACCCGUAUUUCGUCCACCAAGGACAACCCUCUCUGCAACAUCGCAAUGACGGCUCCGUCCCCUCUUCGCCUCCGGACACCCCCGAACUGCAAGUGGACGGCGUCUCCGCCGCCGAGCAGGCCACCACUGCCAACAAGGAGGAAUUAGCACGGAAGCUUCGUCGCGUCGCUUCCGCGCCGAACGCGCAGGGUCUGUUUGCGCGGGAUGAGGCCGAGCGCCCCCAGACUGCUGAGCUGGGCAAGGAGCCGUUGGUGGAGCAGGCGGGCGCCGUUGACUCGCAAGUCAGCCUUCCCGGGGAUAAGGAAUUGAAUCUUGCCGUGCCCGCACUUGGCGCCGAUAGCAAGCUUCCUAGUCCGGGUCAGAUCCGCGACGCGGUUGCUUUCCGUAGGACGUAUAGCUCCAACUCGAUUAAGAUCCGCAACGUGGAGGUCGGACCAAGCAGCUUUGACAAGGUCAAACUGAUUGGUAAGGGUGAUGUCGGCAAGGUCUACCUUGUCCGUGAAAAGAAGUCGACCCGACUGUAUGCCAUGAAAGUUCUGAGCAAGAAGGAGAUGAUCAAGCGAAACAAAAUCAAGCGGGCCUUGGCUGAGCAGGAGAUUCUCGCCACGAGUAACCACCCGUUUAUUGUUACCCUCUAUCACUCUUUCCAGUCUGAAGACUACCUUUAUCUGUGCAUGGAAUACUGCAGUGGUGGUGAAUUUUUCAGAGCUCUGCAAACGCGUCCCGGGAAGUGCAUUUCGGAGGACGCUGCACGAUUCUACGCUGCGGAAGUCACUGCCGCUCUCGAGUAUCUUCAUCUGAUGGGAUUCAUUUACCGAGAUUUGAAACCAGAGAACAUUCUUCUUCACCAGUCAGGUCACAUUAUGUUGUCGGACUUUGAUCUUUCCAAACAGUCUGGCCCGGGAGGUGCACCCACGAUGAUCCCAGGACGUAGCGGUAGCUCGACGACGUCUUUGCCUACUAUCGACACAAAGUCUUGCAUCGCUGAUUUCCGAACCAACUCGUUUGUCGGCACGGAGGAAUACAUCGCUCCCGAGGUCAUCAAGGGAUGCGGACAUACCAGUGCUGUUGACUGGUGGACGCUUGGUAUCCUAAUCUACGAGAUGCUUUACGGAACCACGCCAUUCAAGGGCAAGAACCGGAAUGGUACCUUUGGCAACAUCCUGCGUGAUGAUGUACAGUUCCCCGAACACGCAGGGGCGCAGCAGAUAUCGAACACCUGCAAAUCCUUAAUCCGCAAGCUCUUGAUUAAAGAUGAGACGAAGCGUCUUGGGGCCCGAGCGGGAGCCUCCGAUGUCAAGACGCACCCCUUCUUCCGGCAAACGCAAUGGGCGCUUAUUCGCCACAUGAAACCACCCAUGAUCCCUAACCAGGGACGCGCAACCGACACCCUGAACUUCCGCAACGUCAAGGAAAGUGCCAGUGUCGACAUCGGAGGGAACAACCCCACCAAGAUGAAGGGUGUUCCCAUGGAUUCUGGCCUUGCCACACCCAACGGCGAAAUCUCCGACCCGUUCGAGGAAUUUAACAGCGUUACCCUUCACCAUGACGGGGACAUGUAA